GAUAGUUCAACAGGCAGAGUUCACUCGACUUCAGAGCAAGUGGACAGUAACUUUUUCCUUUUCUCUUUAACUCCUGAAGUCUCAGCCCUCUUCAUUGCUCUGAUUGCCCCAAUUACUACUCACAGAAUGGAAUAGGUUAAGAGAUCGAGAUUAAGGGUCGGUGUCGUAGAGGAUCGAUCAAACCAGAGCCUUGUUUUCUCUGUGGAGCUGUGGAUUGGCAUGUCUUCCUUCAGCCGUGACAGUGAAAGUGAUCAGUGUUGCUCUACAGAGGACUUGACUGGUGCAGGUGGUCAGCCGGACGGAGCUGAGUCUCCCGCUCAGCCCAGUGGAGCUGUCAUGCUGCCCAAAGGCGACACGGAAUCUCUAGGACUCGUUCGAUCGCAUGGAGAACAGGGACACAUGCCAAGAAAUAUGCAAGCCCCCCACUAUAAAAUGAUGAACUACUCAUAUGAUGAAGACUUGGAUGAGAUGUGUCCGGUGUGUGGAGACAAGGUUUCUGGAUACCAUUACGGGCUCCUCACAUGUGAAAGCUGCAAGGGUUUCUUCAAGCGCACGGUUCAGAAUAACAAACGGUACACAUGCAUAGAGAACCAGACAUGUGCCAUCGACAAGACACAAAGAAAACGCUGCCCUUAUUGCCGCUUUCAGAAGUGCCUCACUGUUGGCAUGAAGCUGGAAGCUGUGAGGGCGGACCGCAUGCGCGGCGGCCGCAACAAGUUCGGCCCCAUGUACAAGCGCGACCGGGCCCUCAAGCAGCAGAAGAAAGCGCUGAUCCGCGCCAACGGCCUGAAGAUCGAGUCCAUGACCCAGGUGAUGCAGGCGGUGCCCACCGACCUCACCAUCUCCUCGGCCAUCCAGCACAUCCACCAGGCCGCCUCCAAGGGCCUGCCGCUCAGCCACCACGGCCUCCCGCACCACGCCGCCCUGCCCCACACAGACUACGAUCGCAGCCCCUUCGUGACGUCUCCCAUCAGCAUGGCCAUGCCCCCCCACACUGGUUCCCUCCAGGGCUACCAGGCAGCCUACGGCCACUUCCAGAGCACCCGCACCAUCAAGUCCGAGUACCCGGACCCGUACAGCAGCUCGCCCGAGUCCAUCAUGGGUUACAACCCGUACAUGGACGUGUACCAGACGGGCUCGCCGCCCAGCUUCCCACACCUCAUCGUGGAGCUGCUGAAGUGCGAACCUGAUGAGCCCCAGGUGCAGACCAAGAUCCUGGCCUACCUGCAGCAGGAGCAGGCCAGCCGGGGGAAACACGACAAACUCAACACGUUCGGCCUUAUGUGCAAGAUGGCCGACCAGACGCUUUUCUCCAUCGUGGAGUGGGCCCGGAGCAGCAUCUUCUUCCGCGAGCUCAAGGUGGACGACCAAAUGAAGCUCCUCCAGAACUGUUGGAGCGAGCUCCUCAUCCUCGACCACAUUUUCCGUCAGGUGAUGCACGCCAAAGAGGGCUCCAUCCUAUUGGUCACCGGGCAACAGGUGGAUUAUGCUGUAAUUGCCUCCCAAGCCGGAGCUUCUCUAAACAACCUGAUGAGCCACGCUCAGGAGCUGGUGGGCAAGCUGCGCUCCCUGCAGCUGGACCAGAGGGAGUUCGUCUGCCUCAAGUUCCUUGUUCUGUUCAGCUUGGACGUGAAGAACCUGGAGAACUUCCACCUGGUGGAGAGCGUCCAGGAACAAGUGAACGCGGUGCUGCUGGACUACGUCAUGUGCAACUACCCCCAGCAGACAGACAGGUUUGGCCAGCUGCUCCUGCGGCUGCCUGAGAUCCGGGCCAUCAGCCUCCAGGCCGAGGAGUACCUGUACUACAAGCACCUGAACGGAGACGUGCCCUGCAACAACCUGCUCAUCGAGAUGCUACACGCCAAGAGAGCCUGAUGAGACUUCAGAUGGGAUCCUGAUCAUUUGGCUGAAACCGACUCAGAACAGACUCUGUUUUGUUGGUUGAGACCCAAGAAACCGACCCAGAACAGACUCCUCCCAUGUUAAAGUUAGACUGAGUGAUUCUGGGGCAGGAGGCAUCCGUUCUUCUCAUUUAUCGUAACGAUCAACCAUCCUGGCACUCACACACAGGCAAAAGAACAUGCAGAAAUGGACACCCACACUUACACAUGCUGUGCACACACAUACGCGCGCGCAUACACACGAACACACACAUAAAAACACAUUUAGGCACUCACACGCGCGUGCACACACAAAUAUACACACAUUAAGGCACACACUCACACGUUCAAAUUCAUACAAUAUGCAUAUAUAUUACACACACACACACACAGAUGCUUCUGGAGCUCUGGGUAAAGCUUCCAAAGACAGAGAGAAACAGCUGAAAUUCUUGAGAACUGUCUAUUCGUCUCAUGGGACAUGGACGAUACCUUUUGUCUGCUUUGAAUAAAAACACAAACCAUCAAGGUGAUACAAGGACCAACGGACUGUAACUGAAGGAACAAAACCAAUGAGUAUUGUAAAAACCUCUCCCACUGUUAACCUCUCUAGGGUAUGUGAGACGCUAACGUCCCAUCUGGCCAACAUCCUGUGAGGUUGCAAAAAACUACAAAACCAACAAAAAAAAAACGACUUCCUGAAUGGAU